AUGGACCAAACAAAAUUCUGCUGUUCAGUCUGUUUGGAUCUGCUGGACGAUCCGGUGGCUAUUCCCUGUGGACACAGCUACUGCAUGAACUGUAUUAAAAGCUUCUGGGAUGAAGAGGAAAAGAAGAAAAUCUACAGCUGCCCUCAGUGCAGACAGACUUUCACACCGAGGCCUGUCCUGGUGAAAAACACCAUGUUAGCAGAUUUAGUGGAGGAGCUGAAGAAGACUGGACUCCAAGCUGCUCCUGCUGAUCACUGCUAUGCUGGACCUGAAGAUGUGGCCUGUGAUGUCUGCACCGGGAGAAAAAUGAAAGCCUUCAAGUCCUGUUUAUUCUGUCUGGCAUCUUACUGUAAGGAACACCUUCAGUCACAUUAUGAAGUAGCUUCGUUAAAGAAACACAAGCUGGUGGAGCCCUCCAAGAAGCUCCAGGAGAACAUCUGCUCUCGUCAUGAUGAGGUGAUGAAGAUGUUCUGCCGUACUGAUCAGCAGAGUAUCUGUUAUCUCUGCUCUGUGGAUGAACAUAAAGGCCACGACACAGUCUCAGCUGCAGCAGAAAGGACUGAGAGGCAGAGAGAGCUGGAGGUGAGUCGACAAAACAUCCAGCAGAGAAUCCAGGACAGAGAGAAAGAUGUGAAGCUGCUUCAACAGGAGGUGGAGGCCAUCAAUCAGUCUGCUGAUCAAACAGUGGAGCACAGUGAGAAGAUCUUCACUGAGCUGAUCCAUCUCAUCCAGAAAAGAAGCUCUGCUGUGAAGCAGCAGAUCAGAUCCCAGCAGGAAACUGAAGUGAGUCGAGUCAAAGAGCUUCAGGAGAAGCUGGAGCAGGAGAUCACUGAGCUGAAGAGGAGAGAUGCUGAGCUGAAGCAGCUCUCACACACAGAGGAUCACAUCCAGUUUCUACACAACUACCCCUCACUGUCAGCACUCAGUGAGUCUACAGACUCAUCCAGCAUCAAUAUCCGUCCUCUGAGCUACUUUGAGGAUGUGACAGCAGCUGUGUCAGAGGUCAGAGAUAAACUACAGGACAUUCUGAGAGAGGAAUGGACAAACAUCUCACUGACAGUCACUGAAGUGGAUGUUUUACUACCUAAUCAGGAGGGACGCCUCGUGGGUGCAUUACACCUCCCCCGUGCAAUGCCUUCCUCUGUGCCUUCCUCUGUAGUGCCUCCACGUGUCAUGUCUCCCCUUUACGUGGCUCCUCGUGCAAUGCCUUCCUUUGUGCCUUACCCUGUAGUGCCUCCACGUGUCAUGUCUCCCCUUUACGUGCCUCCUCGUGCAAUGCCUUCCUUUGUGCCUUACCCUGUAGUGUCUCCCUUUGUAGUGCCUCCAGCAGCUGUGUUCAGCUCCAGAGCUGAAUUUUUAAAAUAUUCACGUGAAACCACACUGGAUCCAAACACAGCGUACAGAUAUCUGUUAUUGUCAGAGGGGAACAGAAAAGUAACAUUAGUGAAUCAACAACAGACUUAUUCUGAUCAUCCAGACAGAUUUACUGGAUGGUCUCAGGUCCUGAGUAGAGAGAGUCUGACUGGACGUUGUUACUGGGAGGUGGAGUGGAGAGGGGGAGGAGGUUAUGUAGCAGUCGCAUACAAGAAUAUCAGCAGAACUGGUAAUGAAUGUGGAUUUGGACGUAAUGACAAAUCUUGGUCAUUAGAUUGUAACAACAACAGUUAUACAUUUUGGUACAACAACAUCCAAACUCCUGUCUCAGGUCCUCGUUCCUCCAGAGUAGGAGUGUACCUGGAUCACAGAGCAGGUAUUUUGUCCUUCUACAGCGUCUCUAAAACCAUGACUCUCCUCCACAGAGUCCAGACCACAUUCACUCAGCCGCUCUAUGCUGGACUUUGGCUUUAUGAUUAUGGAGCCACUGCUGAGUUGAUUAAAGUGAAAUAGACUGAAGUCUUUCAUAUUGUGGGUUUAAAUCUGUAUUUUAGUUUCAUUUUAUUUUCUCUCCAUCAUUUCUGCACAGAGAUCAGCUGUCAGUCAAACAUUAUGGGUGGUACCUCCACAUCUUCUAGUUGUUCUCUUCAUGUUUCUGAGUUUUUAAAGGAGAUCUUUCCUGUGACUGUUUAUGGAGGCUAUCACUGCUCAUCAUCAUUUUGAUUUACUAAAAUAUUUCUCCACAUGAAAAUGUAAACUUCUCUAUCCUCUAAAUGUUUCUG